AUGGACGACGAGUCGGGCGCGCGCGCGCCGCGGUCGCCAUCCCCGCUGGGGUACGACGAUGCCACCGCGCGCCGAGCGGGAGUCGACGACGACGACGACGCGACGGCAUCGUCGUCGCGACUCCAGCAGCAGAAACAGCAACACCGCGAGCUCGCGCUCGGGCACUUGCAGCGCACGGUGAACCGAUUCAAGGCGCGCCUGCUCCGGUUCAACGCCGUCGACAGCGCGUCGUCGUACUUGCGCGGCCUGCUGUCCACCCCGGAGGGCACGCGGGAGGUCUACGCGCGCCUCUUGGCGAGGAUAGAGACGCCGGUCUUCCUGAAGAAUCUCGAGAACCGACGACGACGACGAGACGACGACGAAGACGACGACGAAGACGCGGUGGACGAAGACGACGACGACGCCCCGAUCUUCGACGUGAUGGACCCGAACUGGUGGGAGAACGCGACGACGACGACGACGACGACGACGACGACCGACGCCUUGGUGGAGAUCCAAGACGCGGUCCCGACGACGACGAACCUGAACCUGAACGCGAACGCGACGGCGCGCGACAGCGAUGAGCCCGGAUGGGUCGUCGUUAGCAGAGACGACGCCGUCGACGCCGUCGCCGACUUCGUCGCCGCGUUCGUCUCGUCGCACCCGGCGGCGGCGGACUACCCCCCGGAAAAGAUGCAGCGCGCGCUCGCGUCCGCGCUCAGGGAUCUGCAAACGCGCGGGAACAAGACGAACGCGAGACGACUGUGGGACUGCGGCGUGGGCGUCUACCGCGGCUGCCACUGGACGUAUUCCGCGGCGGCGACGGCGACGAAUCCGCUCGUCGCGCAGCUCGUGCUCGGGGCGGUGUACACGUCCGCGCGCGUCGCGUGCGGCGUCGCGUCGAUGUUCGUGCCGCUGUGA